AAGAACUUCAUCAAGAACCACAUAUUUAUUGUGUUUUGAAUUAACUGAAAUAACGGUACUUGGGGGAGGCCAUAGAAUGGUGUCGCUUUCCAUGCAGUGCAGUAAUGGGACUGUAUGACAAAGGAACGGCUUGGGAGCACCUCAAGCCAUAACCUAUUUGUGUCCUCCAACCCUCCUACCAACCCAUCGCUCAGCUGAAGCCUGGGCGUUUUAUCUUCCUUUCUAGGCGAGGUCCCUCCCCUUAGCUUGGGUCCUGUUAAACGCAAAGAUGGGCUGGAUUUCCCCCCAACUGAGCUGUGUCCACAUGGAGCAACUGACGCAGGUGGGAGGAUCUUCCAGCUUCGGUGCAGUAGAUGUUUUGCUUCCCCACCAUUUCUAGGAGGGGGACGUACCCGUUCCGCUCCAGUCUUCCCCUCCUACCCCACGCCAAGUCCCGCUCUUCCCGCUUUCCCUUCCGACGAGGUGGAACCCCCACACCCGCGCGCGGCAGCUAGAGCGGGGCGGGACAGGCAUGUUAGGCCUCCACCUUCCUCGCUUCGCCCUGCUACCACCGCCUCGGUGAAAAGGCGCUCCUGGAAAUCGCGGCGGGGUUGAGAGGGCGCGGGCUGAGCGUCACGUGACGAUAUCGGCUCGCGCGCAGCGGGGCGUAGUUGAAGAGAAGCCGCGCGAAAAGCAACUGUAGGCAGUACAUAUUUUGUUGAUUUUUCCACCUUCCCCCCCCCCCUUUCUCUCUGCUUCCCCCCUUCACACCUCCGCACUACGAAGAGAGAAUUAAAAAACAAACAAAAAAAACCCAAACGCUGCCGGGACCCGGAAGCGGAAAGGGCAUGUUUGAGGUCGAUACUUCCGGGUCACAGAGAGUGCGGGAUUCCGGGGCCGAGAGCGGGUGGCGGAGCUGGGACCUCGCGUGAUUCUCGGAACCCGAGGAGAAGCGGUGCCCAGGGCUAUGGCUGUGACUCUGGACAAAGAUGCUUAUUAUCGGCGAGUUAAGAGACUGUACAGUAAUUGGCGGAAAGGAGAAGAUGAGUAUGCCAAUGUUGAUGCCAUUGUUGUAUCAGUGGGUGUUGAUGAAGAGAUUGUUUAUGCCAAAUCAACUGCCUUACAGACGUGGCUCUUUGGUUAUGAACUAACGGAUACAAUCAUGGUCUUCUGUGAUGACAAAAUCAUCUUCAUGGCCAGCAAGAAAAAAGUAGAGUUCUUGAAACAGAUUGCUAACACUAAAGGCAAUGAGAAUGCCAAUGGAGCCCCUGCCAUAACUCUGCUAAUACGAGAAAAGAAUGAAAGUAACAAGAGCAGCUUUGACAAAAUGAUUGAAGCCAUUAAAGAAAGCAAGAAUGGCAAGAAGAUUGGUGUGUUCAGCAAAGACAAGUUCCCUGGAGAAUUCAUGAAGAGCUGGAAUGACUGCCUGAGCAAAGAGGGCUUUGACAAAAUAGAUAUCAGUGCAGUUGUAGCAUAUACCAUCGCUGUGAAGGAGGAUGGGGAGCUCAACCUGAUGAAGAAAGCAGCUAGCAUCACCUCCGAGGUCUUCAAUAAAUUCUUCAAGGAAAGAGUCAUGGAAAUAGUUGAUGCAGAUGAGAAAGUUCGGCAUAGCAAAUUGGCUGAGUCUGUGGAAAAAGCUAUUGAAGAGAAAAAAUAUCUAGCUGGGGCAGACCCUUCUACUGUGGAAAUGUGUUACCCUCCUAUCAUUCAGAGUGGUGGCAACUAUAAUCUCAAAUUCAGUGUGGUGAGUGACAAGAAUCAUAUGCAUUUUGGGGCCAUCACUUGUGCCAUGGGUAUUCGUUUCAAAUCUUACUGCUCCAACCUUGUUCGCACCUUGAUGGUUGACCCUUCUCAGGAAGUUCAAGAAAAUUACAACUUUUUGCUCCAGCUUCAAGAAGAACUGCUAAAGGAAUUAAGACAUGGUGUGAAGAUAUGUGAUGUAUAUAACGCUGUCAUGGAUGUGGUUAAAAAGCAAAAGCCAGAGCUUCUUAACAAAAUUACCAAAAACCUAGGAUUUGGAAUGGGAAUUGAAUUUCGUGAAGGCUCUCUAGUAAUCAAUAGUAAAAAUCAGUACAAACUAAAGAAAGGGAUGGUUUUCAGCAUCAAUUUGGGAUUCUCAGACCUAACUAACAAGGAAGGGAAAAAACCAGAAGAGAAAACUUACGCCUUGUUCAUUGGUGACACAGUGCUUGUGGAUGAGGAUGGUCCAGCCACUGUUCUUACUUCUGUGAAGAAGAAAGUAAAGAAUGUGGGGAUUUUCCUAAAGAAUGAAGAUGAAGAAGAGGAAGAGGAAGAGAAAGAUGAGGCAGAGGAUCUUUUGGGAAGAGGUUCUCGGGCAGCAUUGCUUACAGAAAGGACACGAAAUGAGAUGACUGCAGAAGAGAAGCGAAGAGCACAUCAAAAAGAACUGGCAGCUCAGCUUAAUGAGGAAGCAAAGAGGCGACUGACUGAGCAGAAAGGGGAGCAGCAGAUUCAAAAAGCUCGCAAAUCUAACGUAUCCUAUAAAAACCCAUCUUUGAUGCCGAAAGAACCACAUAUUCGGGAAAUGAAGAUCUACAUUGAUAAGAAAUACGAGACUGUAAUAAUGCCAGUGUUUGGCAUUGCAACACCUUUUCACAUUGCCACAAUCAAGAACAUAAGCAUGUCCGUGGAAGGAGAUUAUACUUACUUGAGAAUCAACUUCUACUGCCCGGGCAGUGCUUUGGGCAGGAAUGAGGGCAACAUCUUCCCUAAUCCUGAAGCCACUUUUGUCAAGGAAAUUACAUAUCGUGCUUCAAAUAUGAAGGCUCCUGGAGAACAGACGGUACCAGCCUUGAAUCUUCAGAAUGCUUUCCGAAUUAUAAAAGAAGUACAGAAACGUUAUAAGACUCGAGAAGCAGAAGAGAAAGAAAAGGAGGGUAUUGUGAAACAAGACUCACUGGUGAUCAAUCUAAACCGGAGUAAUCCCAAACUCAAAGAUCUGUACAUUCGCCCAAACAUUGCCCAGAAGAGGAUGCAAGGCUCACUAGAGGCUCAUGUCAAUGGUUUCCGCUUCACAUCUGUUAGAGGAGAUAAAGUGGAUAUUCUGUACAAUAAUAUUAAACAUGCUUUGUUCCAGCCCUGUGAUGGAGAAAUGAUUAUUGUCUUGCACUUUCACCUCAAGAAUGCCAUCAUGUUUGGGAAGAAGCGGCAUACAGAUGUGCAGUUCUACACAGAAGUGGGAGAGAUCACCACUGACUUGGGGAAACAUCAGCACAUGCAUGACCGAGAUGACCUCUAUGCUGAGCAGAUGGAAAGAGAAAUGAGGCAUAAACUGAAAACAGCUUUUAAAAAUUUCAUAGAAAAAGUAGAGGCUCUGACAAAGGAGGAACUGGAAUUUGAAGUGCCUUUCAGGGACUUGGGAUUUAAUGGGGCUCCCUAUAGGAGUACUUGCCUCCUCCAGCCCACUAGCAGUGCGCUGGUAAAUGCUACAGAAUGGCCACCUUUUGUGGUGACACUGGAUGAAGUGGAGCUUAUCCAUUUUGAGAGGGUCCAGUUUCACCUAAAGAACUUUGAUAUGGUAAUUGUCUACAAGGACUACAGCAAGAAGGUGACAAUGAUCAAUGCCAUUCCUGUAGCCUCUCUUGACCCCAUCAAGGAAUGGUUGAAUUCUUGUGACCUAAAGUAUACAGAAGGAGUACAGUCCCUCAAUUGGACUAAAAUCAUGAAGACCAUUGUGGAUGACCCUGAGGGCUUCUUCGAACAAGGUGGCUGGUCUUUCUUGGAACCUGAGGGUGAGGGGAGUGAUGCUGAGGAAGGGGAUUCAGAGUCUGAAAUCGAAGAUGAGACUUUCAACCCUUCAGAGGAUGACUAUGAAGAGGAAGAGGAGGACAGUGAUGAAGAUUAUUCAUCAGAAGCUGAAGAAUCAGACUAUUCCAAGGAAUCACUGGGCAGUGAAGAAGAGAGUGGGAAGGAUUGGGAUGAACUGGAAGAAGAAGCCCGAAAAGCGGACCGUGAAAGUCGUUACGAGGAAGAAGAAGAACAGAGUCGGAGUAUGAGCCGGAAGAGAAAGGCAUCUGUACACAGUUCAGGCCGUGGCUCUAACCGUGGUUCCAGACACAGCUCUGCACCCCCCAAGAAAAAGAGGAAGUAACACUGAACUUUUUGACCCUCAGCUCCAUUCUUCCUCCAGCCAACUCCUAAAAAUUUUACAUGACAUUGAAACUGUAUUUUUCCUUUUGUUUUCUUUCAAGUUUUGCCAUUUGUGUUCAUGGGUUUAGAGGGCCAUAUGUGUGGACCAAUCUACUCGGGGAAUUCCAGGCCCACCAGGACAUGUGCCAGUGGCCCAUUCAGAUGGCAAGGGAGGAGGAGGUGUUCUUGAAGAAGGGCGGAGGUUCCCGCUGUUAAAAAUACCGUUCAUCCCUCUCUUCCUGUCACCUUCUGCCAGGACAUCAGUGGCUUCUGACAUCUUAUCUUUGGUGUCUCAAAGCUGUACUUCCAAGACAUUGGUACACAGUGAUCCUUUACUGCCUGUGUACCAUGGUUCUUGACCAGCAGGUUCAGUCCUCCAUCCUACCCUACUGCCAUGACCUUCCACGCAUCUCUUUAAGUUCCGUCUUUACAGUACUCAAGAAAAGGUUCUUGGAAUGUGCCAAGAAUUGUGAUAAAACCAUACAACUUGAGCUAGUGAGGCAGAUUGGGCUGCUGCCUUCAUCUUGAGUUCUCCUGUUUUCUUGCCUCAUGCGUAUUCUGAGGUAUUUCUGCUGCCUUGGAAGACAUACGAAGCAGUGACACUCCCUGGCUCCAUUUUUCUCCUUACAAGUUGACACAUGGUACAAUGAUAGAAGGCAAAAUUACUGCUGUCUCUUCUGAGAUAUCUAAGGAAGAAUGGUUGUGCCUCAUAGACUACUCCAAGUGAAAUCUAGAGGGUGGCUCAAAGGAUUCAACAUUUAGAUCUGGAAGGGGCAAGUCAUGCCUUGGGCCUAGAAUAUCUUGAUGAGAAAAGAGAAGAGGAAGGGAGGCCAUGUCUACAACACAGCCUCUUGGCACUGCUGCUUCUUAUUUUUACUUGUCCUGCAUUGUCCUAUAUUUAUCAAAGUUUCUGUUGAACAGCUUUUUAAGUAUGGGGAAAUUUUUCUUGCCAUCCUCCCCUUCUGGUUCUCUGCACCCACCUGUCCCACUGCACUUCCUUCCGUGUUCUGUGACUUUAAGAGAAUAGGGGGAGGGGGUCUCAUAUUUUAUGUUUGUCUGUUUGUUUGUUUUUCUCCUUAGCAGUAGAACUUGAUAUUUUCAAUUUUGGAAGAACUAAAUGAUAAAUAAACUGUGGGGUUUUUUUU